AUAACAUUCACAGACGCAAUGAGUUGCGAUGGAGUGGAAGGAAGUCACUUCGUUCUUUGUCGUCUUUCUGUGCCGUUUUAUACUAUUUCUCUUCAUAAUAGUCCUAUCCUUGGUCAUUCUUGGUAUUCCAAACGUUAACACAUGCUUUUUAACGGUGAGUAUGUUAAAAUCAUUUCUUCUUCAAAGAGCUGUAUGUAGCGGGUUCAUCGUAUGAAAGUGGUUAUAAUGCAGAUACCCAAGCCCGCGAUUCGUCAGUAGUCAUUUGGGAUUUCAGCUCAACUACGAGACCAUCGAAAACCGAACACGUUUCACGGCAUAAUAAAGCAGUCUGAUAUUCGUAACUUUUGAAUAAUCCAUGGAUCCAAGUCUUAUUAAGAGCCAUUUUUUGUGUCGUCACGCAACGUUCUUCCCGCGUGACGACGCAAAGAACUGCUAGAAGGCAAAAGAGUAGAGAUAGCCUGCGUUCAGUUGCCCCCUCCCCUCUGGAAAAAACGAGCAUCUGAGCAUCCGGAGUCCAUAACGACGAAAGGUCACGCAAUGUCUACAAUCAUUUAUUUAUUUAUUUAUUUUAGAGUUAAAAUCUACUAACAUAUCCUUUCUACCACGACUACCUCUCCACGUCGGCCCGGGAGAUAGUUCCUACCAGCGGGGUAAGGGGUACCCCAGUGGUUCAUACGUUUUUUUGUCGUUGCAACCUCUCUACAACGUAUCGGCCAUCCUUCCCCUACAAAAAAGAACAGUAUUAAAGAAAAAAACGUGUCCAGGCAGAUGAAGAUAGAACGGCCAUUUACUGAAUAAGAAGUGCUCGCUAUGUUUUGUAAACAUUUUUAGUUAUUCUUGUUUCAUUGAUUUGAUAAACAGUAAAAACCAGCGUAUAAGAACGUAAGUUUUUCCAAUCUAGGUUAAGAGAGUUCUUAUAAAAAUGGUGCUAACUGGAAAAUUAGGCUACUCAGGUUCUUAAACAGGUUCUUGUUUUGGGUGUGGCCUAUUUUGGGACUAUUUUUUUGUAUUCCAUGCAUAAUAUGUUAUAAAACUCCCUUUAAUCCAAGCAUGUUAAAGCCAUUAAUGAAGUUUAUAUAAAGCUACGCAAGUUAAACAGAACAAAAACAACAUAUGCAUAAAAACAUGGUACUUUGUUGCUGCGUGGCCAAACAUGGUACUUUUCAAAAUAACAACCUGUUUAAAAAUUGUUGGCUAAAACAGGUUCUUAUGUAAAAGGGGUCUAAAUGGACAAUCUUAGCCUAACAGGUUCUUCUAGGUUCCUUUACGGGGGUUUUUACUGUAUUUUUUCCUUUUACCAUGGGCAUUUUUGUGAUGAAACAUUUUCGUCAUACUGCACCAUCUCAAACUGGCCACUUCUCUUCCGAAGGCGGCCGCUGUGGUUAUGAUGUUUAUGAACAUACUUGUGUGUGUGUCUUGCCUUGGAUUUCAGGUGUUCAUGGCUUUCAUCAUUCCUUUACCGCCAAACUCAAUUUUAGUUGAUCCAAUUCAUUGCAUGUUGUCGAAAUUCAGCCAGGCUUUGAGGUUAGUAAAGUUAACUUCGAUUUACGAAUAUUGUCCUCAACGCUAGCCAUUUGUUUUACUAUAUACACGGUUUGACAGAACGGUGAAAUAAUAGUGAAUUUUGUGGUAAAAGCAGCAAACUUCGUACAGUUUAUGGCAUGGGGAAAAAACUGUUUAUAGACCUCGAUGAGAACAGAUUCAUUUUCAACUACCAUGAUAUUUCAGCGUGGAAACGAGGUCGACGCAAAAUACUCGUAAUAACAUCUAUCUAUAUCGUCUUUUCAAUAUCGUAAAAGCACUCAUCUUGGUGCUGACUUAGCAGUGAUAAACGAAAAGCAUUAAAACAGUGCAAGCAAACACUGUCACGUAGUCAUGCAGUAAUCGUGAUGCUUUUUAAGACCUUAAGUUUAUACAUUUGAGGGUUUUCUAGUUCUCUAUUGUAGCGAAUCCACGAGAUUCAAGAAUCCACGCUCUGCUUCUAUGACAACUGUGACUUACAGUUUGUUCAAUCAACAGAGCUUACACAGCGUAUGCAGUAGUGUUGACCGAAGUACAAAGGGUAACUUUCAUCACCAUACCCCAUUAUUUAUUGAGUGGCCGGCUGGAAUCUAUUCUACGUUACUUUGUCAAUCAUAUCAGGUAAGUUUUUUAACUCGCCUCUUAAAAUCCUAGAUGAACAUCUAUCAAUUAUCUCCACCGAGAGACUGUUUACAGUCCUCCUCUAUUUUCCCGGGGAGGCGCUCCAAAACAGAAUAAACCGGCCACUAAAAAAUGUACAGCUAUUGAAGUGGAGAGGUUCUAAAUGACAACUUGAGCUUUAAAAUGCAUGCUAUGAUAAGCUUUUGGAAAUUCCACUCGUUUGACAGCGGGGGAAAGUGGAGAAACCUUUUUUUGCUGCUCCCCAUUCCCCUCACGACCUCGCCUUCUGCGAUCUUGCUCUCCCCAUAUCUCUCAGAUCUUAACAUGGUCUUAAAAAGUUUUGACACGUAAUAGCAUGUUCAGGAAAAUCUUAACAUCCGUUUAAUGUGAAGGCCAUUAAACACCCUUCUUCUGCAUUAUUCAGCGUCCUCUUUCUGAUAUAAAACAAAGGUUUGUUCCCUCGUUUAUUUUUGUUUUUAAGAUUUACAAUACCUCAGAUGGCUUCCAAAGUUACCGCGACUUUGGUUGCUCUGAUGUUACCAUGUCUACGGCUUUUGGGUAAAAUUGUCAGAAUGAUCCUCGCAGGAUUGUGGUAUGUAUGCUACAUAAAACUUAACUUGCCGCCUAGGCGAGCGCACGCGAGAAAAACGCGGGGCUACGUGAGACCAGACAUGAGGUAAACUCUUCCACGGUUUUUCUUUCGUGGUGGCGUUCUCAAACUUCCGUGGUUUUUCCUUUACUUACCUGUUUAAUUAGAGUCAAAGUUAAUAAACAGAGAGUUUUUUUACACACAGCAAGAGAGUGGUAGAACCUGGUUAUACUAUUCAAUAACGCUGCAAAAACAUUUAAGGCCUCUUGCAAGGUUUGAGAUUAUCAAUAGUCGUUUUUCGAACGCUAAAAGUGUUAUUGUUACCACUCUUUCUUUUUAACUCCAUGCAGCUUUCUUGCAAAUGUUAUGGUACGAGUUCUGGCGAAUUUAGCGUGGACGUCAUGGUCGCUUUUCAAAAUGGUUUCAUUGAGGAUGAUUCUUUUUCUAAGGUAAACAUCAUUUUACAGUUGACUCUCAAAGGUAAUAAAUCUAGAUUGGAUAAAGGAUCAAUCUUUUGAAACUUCAUUCUGAUUGCUUUAAGGUAACUUUGAGGAGCGAGACUUUUAACCAUCCGGGUUUAAUUAAAAUCUUCAAUGAUACCAACAAGCAAUUAUAGUGUAUCAAUAAAUUAUCGAUAGCAUAUCGGAUCUUCCAAGGUUUACGGCGCAAAAAUAUUUACUGUAUUCUCUGUUCCCUUUAUAAUGUAUAUAUUUGACUGGUAUUGGCUUCCUGUAGAGACCAUAUGGGCUGGACUCAGGAGCCAGGCAGCCAGUUGAUGUUUAGCAUUAAGUCAAUUACAGGUCGGCUAAUUGGCCCAAACUCACAUAAAAAGUACAGACACAUACAAAGGGAGAGAAAAUGGUAAAAUAGGACACAAGAAAAUUGUAUAACGACCAGAACUUAUAACUUACUGCAUUGACUCGAAAUAUUAACUUAAACUUUACCAACCACAUUUUUUUAACCCCCGCCACCCCCUCCCAAUUUGAGGUUCCUCCGGCGUGAUUAUCAGCUAUAUUGAUAUUAUCCUCCACUUUAGCUUUAUUUCAAGGCUUAUGAUGCGAGUGUUAGCACAUCUUCGAGUAUGGACAACUUGGUUGAUGUACAGACUGUUUCCCGUGAGGUUGAUUCGCUUUCUAAGGUAAAGUAUAAAAUACUAGUCAUCAGCUUCAACUUAAAAAAGAUAGGCACAUACCAUUAAUUUGCCCCCAUUUUUUGGGGGGGGGGGGGGGGGGGAAGAAAGAGACGGGUGACAUUUCAGCCUAACCAUUAAUUCUUCUUAAUUUUUCUCUCAAAACAGCUGAUAUUUUUCUUACUUUCUUCAAAGAGCGAUUGUCUUUCUUGUUAGGCAUUUUAAAAUAGUUUGUAUAGCAGUUUUGCCCCAAAUAUGUGCCGCCCUCAAAAAAUCUGAGAACCUAAACCUUAAAUUAAGCCAUGUUUCUGAAGGGCUUUCCCCAGUACAAUGCAAACGCGGAUUUAAUCGCGCUUUUUAAGUCGCGAGGCCCAAAAGCGCCGGCGUAAAGUUUUCGCGCAGAGCGUGGGAUUAGCCGCAGCUCUCCCCAUUAUUAUCCUCACUUUUACACUCGCUCCGUACGGCUGCUCUUUUGCAGUCUAUCCUUCCAGUUUUUUCUGUUCGUCUUUUUUCUGGUAGGAAAGCUUCUGGCAUGUUUUUCGUCUUUGGCAUUGCGGCUCUGUGUGCCCCUGGCCUCGAACCACUACCAAACCUGCUGCUAACUGGACAUCUGUACCCCGGCUCUCUUAUCAGGUAAAACAAAUGAACGUGAUGCCUACCUGUGUUACGGUAAUCUCUGUCGAGUCUUUUUGCACAUAGGAUAAGUGACAACAUCAAGCCCAGCACCAGAACCUUCCAGUGGAAAAGAAAAGACAUCAAGGGCUACAUGGCCAAAGCGGAAAAUACCAUGAUAUUGAAACUGUUUCCCGCCAAAAUCUCUGAGCGGAGUGAGCUGGCAACAUUACAAAAUCUAUGACGUCAGAGGGUAACAGUACACUGUUACCCGCGAAUGUUGACCGACGACCGCCGUUACCAGCACAGCAGGGUUUAGUGAAUUUACUUGCGUUUUUUGCAAGAAACGAAAGUGUAUGACCUCUCGGGGCAUGAACGCGUAAGACAGCGUUCUGAUGAUAGCAAAGCAUUGAAAUACUACGCUCAAUGCCCAGGGGUGAUGCAAGGGUCCCAAGAGAAAAAACGUGCUACUUUAUGGGACCCGUGCGACCAUUUCGGAGCAAACAUACCAAUGAAAAUAGUUUUAAAAAAUUGUCAUUGUUCAAUGUUACGUCAAGCAUUUUGCCUUUAAGAGUGCACUUCUUAUGUUCCUUUACUUUUUUUUAAGGUUUCAACGCUGCGCAAAGUACGAAGACAGCACUGCUUGUCACUCAUCGUUCUUGGAAUUUUCCUACACCGUCUGGAAUUUGACAAGAACUGGUCUUUUUGUCGUUAUGUGUUGGACUCUAGACUGUCACGCUUGGAUUCCACCACGGCGUGACUUCACAAGUAUCGUUGAAAGAUGCCUGGCGUUACACAACAAGACGUACUCACAGCUUUUGCUCUGUGCGACGGGCCUUCCAUUGUUAAUGAAUGGACAUUGUCUGUCACAGACGGUCCACAAUAUACUCUGCACUGCAAGCCUGUUACUUUUCAUGGUCACCUUGAACGGGUAUCACAGCCGUACCGCGCUUAUGACGUAUUGCGCGUUAUGUUGCGUAGCAAUGAACGUUCAGAGCCUCUUGGUUGCAGUUUUCAAUAUCUAUAGGAACUUACAGACUCAAAAGAACGGCUACAUGGCAACCCUGUUGUAUAUUAUGCAACUUUAUUUGAUGUUUUUGGUCAUAAUGGACAGUUGCACUCGGGUGAUGAGCAAAGUGAAGAACCCGAAACAAGAUAUCUUGGGAGAAGACGGCUAA